ACUCUCUUCCGUGGCGCGUGUGAGAUCCUCAAUCAGACGGCUCACAAUCGCCGGUCCGUCACCACCACUUCGCUAACGUACGCCAUUCUUCUUCUUCUUCUUCAUCAAUCUUCCCUUUCUCUCAAAUCCCAUUUUUUUACAGUCAGAUCCCUAAAUUUUGCCCUAAUUUUGAACGCCAUUUUUUGCAAAGCUCUCCACUGGGCUUUCUCUAUAACAUGCGCAAUCUUCUGGUUCCGACCACCGCCAUGCCUCCGUCCUCAAUUCUCUCGUCAUCGUCGUCAAUUUCCAAAUCCAAGACUUCAACAAACCCUAGCCCUAGCAAUUCCCUUCUCUGUAAACACUCUCCAUCUGCAACCCUUGACCUUCUUAUCCUCAUUCUCGUUUUGUUUUCUGGUACUUUCCUUGUAACCUCAUAUUUCUCUUACAUUUUCAACUCUUUGUCGAUUCUCUUGUCGCAUUCCGCCCCCCAGCUUCCUCAAUUUCCCUUUACGUUUAUUGCUGGAUUUUUGUUGUUCUUUUGUGUCACUAUUGGUGUGUUUGAGAUUUGUUGUGGGGCUAGAUCGAGGAAAUGCGCUAAGCCGGGAUGUAAAGGGUUGAAAAAAGCUAUGGAGUUCGAUCUGCAAUUGCAAACGGAGGAGUGUGUGAAGAGUGGGUCGAAGGAGAUUGAUAAAUUGCCGUGGAAGGGAGGUAGUGAGGCCAAUCCGGAUUAUGAGUGUUUGAGGUCUGAGCUGAGGAAGAUGGCACCACCCAAUGGCCGAGCUGUUCUGCUUUUCCGGGCGCGCUGUGGCUGCCCCAUCGCGAAGCUUGAAGGCUGGGGGACUAAGCGCGGGCGGCGGCAUAAGAAGGCUCUGGCUACACUGGGUCUUAAUGGGGGAAGAGACCAUCACUGAUUGUAGAUGGCGACUUCGUUAUCAAGCAGAUCUUCAAGAUACUUUACUAUCUCUUCCCAUCAUUUUACUUAAAUUUAGAUGCUCUUUCUGAAACAUGUGGAUGGCUAGAGCUUUCUUCUAUAAGAAUAUACUAUAACACAGUGAUAUUCAUUGUCAGAAACAGGCUUCCCCCAUCCCUGCAUUAUCCUGGGAGAUUCUUCCCUCCCCUUGGAAAUGGAAAUGGAAAUGGAAAUAUAUACCAAACUUAACUGCAAAUAAAAUGAUUAGACAAUUAUAAUUA